GUUACGCGGACCACUUGUGAGGGAUGAGGCCGCGGCUGGCACUGAGCGUCGGCGGCGUGGGGCGGUGGCACCGAGUCGCUGAGACGGCUGACGUGAGGCUCCGCUGGGCGCCACGACUGAAGAUGUUGUUGUGUUGAGGCAGCGACGAGACGUCAGAAAAAGGUUGAAAGAGCGUCUCCUGUGAUCGCCUCAAGAUGGCAUUCGUGUUGCUGCCGUGUGACCUUCCCUCGUGGCCCUCCAUCACGCGCCUCCUCCACUCCUUGAGCGGUGCCUCUACUCCGGGGCAGGUCGGCCACGUCCUGCGCGCUCUGCAUGCCCUCACAGACGUGUCCCUGGACCCUGAGCCUCCCGAGAGUGGCGCGGGUGGAGGCGUGGAGGAUGUGGUGGGGGCGGUGGAGGACUUCCUGCGGCGGGAGGGGGAGGCGCUGGAGGUGUGGGGGGUGGCGCUGCCCAGCCUGGUGUCGGCGGCCCUGGCACUCAAGGACCUCAAGCCCCCUCACGGCCUCACCUACUCGCUCCAGCAGCAAGGAGGGGACGUGGUCGUGGCGCGCAGACUGGCGGCGUCGCUGCUGGCCCACAUGUUCCUGGGCACCCUCCCGCGCCGCAGCCCCCUCACCCACCCCACCCUCAGCGACCCCUCCCUCGCCCUCAUCCUCGCCGCGCUGCACAGGGAGAGCCAGAGGAAGAAGAUGCGGUCGUUUUUUCGUUACUUCAAGAUGCUGACGAAGGAGAGAUGCGAGGGUGAGGUGUCCUUCUCCAGAAAGGUGAUGACGAGCCGGGACUGGGUUCGUCUGCAGGACUGGGUGGGCAGCGAGACGCCCCUGUGCGGCCUGGAGGUGCGGCGGGAGGGGGGCGUCACCUCCGGCGCCCCCCGCCCCUCCCUCAUCACCUCCUUCACCACGCCCGACCCCGCCCGGCCCGCCCUCACCCCCACCCCCUCGCAGGCGGCGUCGGUGCUGCAGGAGAGCCCCGAGGUGGUGGUGGCGGCGUUGCUGGUGGAGAGGCUGGAGGACAACGAGGCCCUUCAGGUGACCGGCACCCUCACCCCGGCACCAAACGGGAAGGCGGGGCUGUGGCGCGGGCUGACACACGUACUGAUGGACGCCGACGACUACCGCGCCUCGGACAUCCUGCAGUACGAGGAUGUGAACGUUCUGAGGGAGCUGAACAAGGCACGGCUCGGGUUCUCGCAGGAUCUCCCGCCGCCGCCCAAACCAGCCCAAACUCCAGCCCAAUUUCCAGCCCAAGUCCCUGGCGCCGCCUCCUCGUCCUCCCGGUCGUCCGAUAUUAUAUCAGUGUCGCGCCAGGCGUCCAUGGGAAGCGGCAGCCCAGGGUCAAAGACUCAAGACUCUCGUCCGAGUAACCAAGGUGACCGCCGAGGGCAGCAAGCCGUGGACAGCACGAAGACAAAUGACACGGAAAAAUGUGAUAAAAAGGUAAUUAUAGAAGACGAAAAAGGGACAAAAUCUGAGGACAAGGAAACAAAAACGGAAAAAGAGAACGAUAGUCUUCUGCAUACUACAGAAAGUGUGAAGGACAGCAAAACCGCAUCAAAGGAGGGAGCGACUCAAGGAGACAAGGAUGAAGGGCGGCGGGGAGGGAACGAGAGCUGCUACAACACAACGGAGUCUGAGUUACGCAGCGAGCAAGCCAACGCGCGGAAGAGGAAGACCUCGAUAACCCAGAGGAUCAAGGGCAUGCUGAAGAAAGGCGACGCGAAAGCCAAAGAGAAGAAGGACAAGGAGAAGGACAAGAGUGAGGCUGGGGACAGUGAGGUCAGAAGGGGACUGUCGUUCAGGUACAGGCGAGGCAAGAGCAAGGGUCGAAAGGAAGGCUCGGCGGUGGGGAAGGACUCAGCAGGAAAGGAGAGUCAGCAGGAUGCGGAUCAACAUCAUAAACCAGCAGAUAAACAGGGCAAGGACGCGACUCAACAGCAAAAGUCAGGCUCAGACAAACGUAACAAGGGGUCAGCAGAUGAGCCAGAGAAAUCAGCGUCAGCAUCUAACCGACAGCGAGCAGGGUUACGAGACACGAAGUCAGCAACGCCGCCACACAAGCCAGGCGGGGGGGCAUCAGACGGGGCCAAGUCAGCACCCGAGCCAUCCACGCCGUCCAGCACCAGGAGCCCUGCCCCGGUCCUCCGGGAGCAAGAGUCACCAGGCAGCAGCUACGUCACGGCAAACAGCACGCUCCGCCACUCCUCCCACAAGCCCCGACUCACUCGCACCAAGCGACUCGAGGCCUUCCCUUCCUCCUGCGACCCUGGCAGCCCAAGGUCACCCGCUCAAAGUGAGGCCAGGUCACCCCCGGACACCUCCCCAAGGUCACCACCACAGAGGGAGGUCAGAUCACCCACGGGCGCCUCUAGGGGGUCACGGGGCCUAGCUGACUCAAAGGAGGAAGAGGACGAGGACGAGGACGAAACGACGAGGCUGCUGAAUCGAGUUCUCCGCGCCAUACAGAUCCUGGAGAAGGAGCGACCCGAGCUGGUGGAGGAGGCGAAGGAGGAGGAGGCCCGGCGCUCCCCCGAUCACCCCCGCACCCUAGCCAGGACGAAGGGUCGGCGCCCCCCUACCCCCCGCCCCCUCCGCCACGAGAUCCGCGGGAGGGGAGGAGGAUCCCGCAUGGAGGAGGGAGAGUGGAGGAAAAGGACUGGAAGGGAUGAGAGAGCAAGAGGAGGAGGGGGAGGAAGAGAAAGAAGUGAAGUGGGAGAGAGGAGACAGAAAAUUAUGGGAAGUGAAGGAUUAAGGAGUCUGUCGCAAUAUUACUCCUGCUCGGAUGAACUCCCUCCCUCCUCCCCUCCCUCGCGCCCUUCUCCUUCCUCCCGCCCCUCCCCCUCGUCCCCUCCCUCACACAAGCCAUCUCCACUCACUCUCCCAAAGGGGCGACCUACCAUCUCCCCCCUCGGCCCCUCCCACCCCCGCUCACCUCCUCUCUCCCCCCUCAACAGGUCACGACCCCGCACUCCCCCUGUCUCCCCUCGCUCUACCCCCGUGUCCCCCUUUAGUGUUUCCCACCCCCGCUCCCCUCCGAUGUCCCCCCUGAACCGUAUGUACCCCCGCUCCCCUCCUCUCUCCCCUCUCGCUCUCCCCCAGGCUUCAGUAGACGAGCCUUACUACAGUGCUUGCGAGAGUCUGGACGAUGAGAGGGCCGCCUCCCCGGCGCCCCCCAGGAGGCCAUCCAGGAAGCGGGGCAAGAAAUCUGCACGGAAGUCAUCAUUUGCUGAGAGGCUGAAGGAGGCCAUCGCACGAGAGCCGAGCCAGGACUCCGAGCAGGACGCGCCCCUCAGACCCAGGAUGAAUCGACAAGAAUCUGCUGGGUUUGUCCUGGACCACAACCUUCCCCAGUCCUUCAGCAAAGAGGAGGAAGAGGAGGAGGAGGAGGAAGAAGAAGAAGAAAACGAAGAAGAAGAGGAGGAGGAGGAGGAGGAGGAGGAGGAGGAGAAAUCUGAGAAUUCCGGCGAUGAGGAGGAGGAGGAGGAAGGGGGAGGAAAGAAGCAAGAAAAGACGUGCUCCUCGCGGUACUCCUUCAGCUCAGACUACACUUCAGAGCUGGAUGAAGUGUACGAGGAGCUAGGCGCCGCCCUUGAGGGUCUAGAGGGGAACGAACCGCAAGGACCCCGCGCCGCCGCCCUCACCCGCCUGGCCAGGGGCAUACUGAAGGUGGGUAUGAGGCGGGAGAUGGAGGCGAGGAGUAGUGCAGAGGAAGAAGAGCGAGGCCUCAGCGAGUCUUUCAAGGACGUGCCUCUAGGCCUGGACGGCAGCACGCUGAGGGCGGGUCCCCAGGGGGGCGGGGAGCAGCUGAUGCCACGCUCCCUCUCCCUCUCCGGCCGCCACCCGCAGCACGCCAGCGCCGCCCACACCCCGCCCCCGGCGCCUCAUGACUCCAAGGUGCGUCGCGGUAAGCCGGUGGUCACGGGCAACUGGGGCUGCGGCUCCCUCAAGGGCGACCCCCAACUGAAAGCAAUGCUCCAGUGGGCCGCCGCCAGCCAGGCCGGGGCGCCGCGACUGGUCUAUUGCACCUUCGGGGAGCCCGAACUCGUAAAGCUGGACACGGUGGCACGGUUGGUGAGUGACCGCGGGUGGACAGUUGGGCAGCUGGUGGCCACGGUGCUGCGUCACUGCGAGGCACGGCUCCGGUGGGGGGCGGCGGCGGCGACCCUGGAGGCGGAGCUCACGGAAUCAGCAGACUCCACGCUACCCGAGGCCUACAGGUACCGCACGAGGCAGGAGAGCAUCACCCUCUUCGACGACCUCAUUGGGCGAGAACGACCCCACGGAGGCCUCAAGACGGAGCUGUGAGCCACCCCAAGGCCAAGGAAGGCCUUGCAUCAAGCCGCACUACGCCACCUUCGCGUCACACCACGCCUCCGUCAAGGCACAUCACCCCAAGGAUGAGAGACAAACUGUCUCUCAUCCUUGCAUCACCCCACCUCACGCCACACAGCACCACUCUUCACCUCUACAGCCACCACUCACACACUGCCCACGCAUGCCACAUUACACUACGGCACCUUCUCCACACACUUGGCCCUCACACCCAUGCUAUCGCCACCACGUUAACAUCAAUGUAGGCUAUCAUUGUUCCCAUCCUAUAUGUCCACCCAUGUAUCUUUUCAUCCACCCCGCUACAUCCACCACUCAAUCGCAUACCUAUAGCCUCACAUCCACCCCAUACCCAUGCCUGUCACCAGACCCGUGACCCCCUCCCCAGCACUCGGAACUCUGUAGUGCAGUGGUUAGCACGCUCUCCUCACAACCAAGAGGUCUCAAGUUCCAUUCCCGGGCGGAAUGGAGACGGAUGGGCAGUCUCCGUGUCUCCUGUCCACCCAACAGUGAAUGGAUACUUUAUAGCGAGUUAGUCGGGUGUUGUGUCCCGCCUCCCGGGUGGGUGUGGGUGUGGGGUUCAAGCCGUCCCUAAGGAUUCGUCACAAGCAGAGCUCCAAAGCUCAUUCGGGGAGGGUGCCGGCUGCCGAUUGCGUGAUUAGAUCAUGAUGAAUUACACUCAUCCGUGCCUUACACAGUACAUCACAUUUGGCUCUCUACAUUCUUCAUAAUUUCAAUAUAUCAUGAUCUUUUCCUUUUUUUUUUACCAUCUAUUAUUUCCUCUUUUCCUGUUUUUCUUCUUUCUAAAAUUACCAUAGGUUAUAAGAAAACUUUUUGUGAUUUUUAUCCUGUAGUAGAAUUAUUCAAUUCAUAUAUGAAUGCCUACAUUACGUAUACAGCUGAACACACGUGUGUGUGUGUGUGUGUGUGUGUGUGUGUGUGUGUGUGUGUGUGUGUGUGUGUGUGUGU